AUGCGUUCGUUGCAGGCAGUGGCAGUUUUGACGGCUCUUGUGAGCUACAGUUAUGCUAUUGAUAGUGAAGGAACAUCGUUUGUUUUUGGAUUCGUGCGAAACGCAAAUCCUGAUAUUUCAAAUCAAACCUUGUGGAUUACAGUUCUGAAUCGAAAUGAUGCUGGAUGUAACUUUACACUGAUUUAUAGACCCGAUUAUCAUAAAGCUACUCUACCGUUAGAAAACAAUGUUAUUGUUCAACCUAAUUUGGCUUAUGAUAUGAAAAUCCCGAGUUGGUAUGGUUACAAUUAUGCAGGAAAUGGAGAACAAGAUGAUGUUUAUCUGGCUCUUUAUGCUACUUCUUCAUGCCCUGUUACACUUAUUGCCCAUAAUUAUGACAACAAUACUUCUCAAGGAGAUUCAUAUCUUGUUCUUCCAAAAACAUGGGGAUCAACUAGUUUUACAUUUUCGCUUCCUCCAUCAACACGUUCAGCAAUUGCAAACCAUUACGAACAAGUUUUUAUAUUUCCAACAGAGGCCGAUGCAAAUGUGAAAUUUUUCGAAAUUGGAAAUGCUCAUUCCGAAUUAACAUUUAAGGUUAAAUAUGGAAAUGUUCCAGCUGUUUAUGUUGGUGAUAGAGUUACUGAUAACAUUCCUCGAACUUACCAUAUUCUUUCGGAUACCCCAGUAUUGAUUGUCGCGGGAGUAACAUGCGCCGGAGCAGAUCCAUCGAGAUGUGAUCAUGUUGUUUAUAUGCCUCAUCCACAAGCAGCCAGCGAUUGUUACAAUUACGAUUUUUAUGUUGAUAGCCACUUGACAUAUUUGGCGACAUCCAAGCAAUAUUUUACUGAUAUUCCUGGAACAUGCAAUUACGAUCAAAAUAUCACUAGCACGUUAAACGAUAAUGUUGCAGUAACAUUGAGAAUUAAGCAUAACAUGGAAUCUCCACUGUUCACUGUUCGCACAACUGUUGAUUCUGAACAAUCAACUGUAUUCAGUAACAGUGGCUCCAACAUUCACAUUGCUCGUUAUUAUAACGGGUUGAAUUAUAAUAACAUUGGAGCAAUUGGAGCUUUCAUUGCCUCUGUUCCCACUGCAACACAAUACAUUUCCACAUCAUCGGCGUUUUACACUUUAAAUCAAAACGACACAGUUGAAAUAUACUGUACAAUCUCGAUUUGUUCAAAAUUAAUGCUUGAUGAUCAAAAAGUUUUCAAUCUAAAUGAUGCUAAGUCCACUCAAGAAAUGAAUGGAAUGCAAUAUUACCUUUUUGCAAAAACAGUUGCAACCUCCGGAUAUCAUUUGCUACAUUCGAAUUCAACUAUGACCGGAUUUUACACAUACUUUGUAAGCGGUAAAAACGGUCAAUUUUCUUAUGGUUACGAAGGAGGAUGCAAUAAGCCAACUGUUGUCUUAUUGCCUCAAACAUCUACAACAAAUGGUCCAAGUAAAUCAACGACAACAGCUAACCGGGUCACAACAGAAAAUCCAGUCACACAGACAUCAAACACAGCUGCUACAUCUACUUCAAAAGUGACCAGUACCCCAACGAAAACCACAAAUGUGCCAAAUUUUACUACUACUCAGUCAGUGACUUCUUCGAGCUCAUUGCCAACCACUGUUUCGACAACUGUAGGCCCACAAUCCUCAGUAUCAAUUCUGCCUUCGUCGACAGCUUCACAGUCAUCGCAACCUCCUGUAACGUCGCCUUCGGUGCCAACUGAGAAACCGACGCAAACCACUCAGCCAACUUCAAAACCAACAAAACCAACAAAACCAACAAAACCAACAAAACCAACAAAACCAAUGACAACCCCGGAGUUAACGACGACAUAUGAGACAACAACUGAAUCGUCUUCUACAAUUAGUUUGAUCGUUCCAUUCAUUGCCGCGUUCAUAGCAUCAAUAUUCUAA